AGUGCCCCAGCUGAGGAGCCAGAAGGGGGCCUCUGAAUGGCUGUCGAAGAAGGUGGGACUGAGGGGGGAGGACUGUAACGGGAGCCCCCCUGGCGGAGAGCAGCCGAAUUCUUCCUCGUUUCGGAGCAACGAAGGGCAAUCAGGCACGUCCGCACACUUGACGAUGGACGAUCCAGGAUCCUGGACGUCGAAUUCCAUGUAAAAUUCCAAAGACUCAGGAGGGUGUUUUAAGUUGCAAAGAAGCAGCACAAGUUCGGCAGCCAGUUAGUAAAGCUGAGAGCACUUACUGCCGGAGGAUGGACGAAGUCCCUUGUAACUAACAGUAGUAGAAGAAGAUGGGCAAUUUUAAAGGUCAUGCUCUUCCUGGAAGUUUUUUCCUUUUGUUUGGCUUGUGGUGGUCUGUGAAAUAUCCAUUCAGGUACCUCUGUCAAAGGAGAAAAAACAUUUUCCUUGGUUUCAAGGUGGGAUUUCAACGCUUAGAAUUUACUGAGGGCAUAAUCAAGGUUGCCUUUGCUCUUAUUGGUAUGACAGCAGAGCAGUUUGUUCCAGAUGGACCUCAUCUGAAGCUGUAUAAUUAUGAAAAAAAGCAGUGGAAUUACCUAAUGAAUUGGCAGCAUGCAACCAUGUACCUCUUCUAUGGCAUCUCAGGGCUAGUGGACAUUGUGACCCACAGCACAAAUACAUUACCAGAGGCCUUAGACCGAAUGAUGCUCUCACUUGCUGUCUUUGUAGAAGGUUUUCUAUUUUAUUACCACAUCCAUGGGCGUUCUAUGUUAGAUCUUCAUGUUCAUCAGUUACUUUUAAUAUCUAUCUUUGGAAGUGCUAUCUGCAUAUUCUUGGAAGUCUUUUUCCAUGAAAGCAUUAUUCUUGAGAUGUUUCGAACAAGUCUCUGCAUACUGCAUGGAAGUUGGUUCUGGCAGAUUGGAUUUGUCCUUUACCCACCAAGUGGAAGUCCAGAAUGGAGCCAAGUGGAUCACAAUAACGUUAUGUUUCUCACUCUGUGCUAUUGCUGGCAUUAUGCAAUUUCACUUCUUAUCGUGGCAGUCACUUAUACUCUAGUCAGCUGGGUGGUUCGUACGAAAAUAAUGCAAGUCCCACCCAUGGAAAUUGGAUUACUGAAAACAUCUGAGAGAGAACAGGAGUCAGAAGAUGAAAUUUAAUUCCACAGAAACAUUUUCUCAUUUUUUGCUUUCGAUUUUAGUAUUUCUAGUCUCUGAUGGUUUUACUUUUUGUAUUAUUUAGUCUUAUACAAUCUAGACAUUAAUUUAUGAAACUUUCAUUAUUGCAUUGUUUUUCCCAGGCUUGAAGUAGAAACAUAUGACAUUGUAGCAGUGACACUCUCAAAUGAAAAUCAAUCCUGGCCAUUAAUAGAUGGAGGAUCUACUUUUUCAUUGCUCUUGGGUAAACUAGGAAAUUUCCACAUUUUUCAAAAGCCAGACACAAUCCUAAUGCAGCAGAAAACUGGAAUAUAUUAAAAUAGUAAAAUGGAUCAAUUAUACAUUAAAACUGUCCAUUUAAGUAGAAUUUCUAGAGUAGACUUCAAGAUUAUAUUUUUAUGUCUAUUGAUUUGUUCCUUCUUUUUUUAUUUUUGUAAUUAUUUAUUAUCAAAGGAUACAAAAAGCCAGAGUAGGAAUAUUUUGUUUCAGCAAAUAAUGAUGUCCCCAGAUUGCUGUAAAUAUAUUACUUGAAAGUUACCUGCAGCAGAGUUGGCUUAUUUUUAU